AUGGAGGCUGAAAAGGCUAAGUGGAGGAAGAUUUAUUACUCUACUUUGAAAGAGAAAAUGAAAGAGGUCCACGAGGAGGAAGAAUAUGUAUCAUCAAAACUUUCUGAGUCAGAAUCGGAAUCCGAGUCAACACCGCAGCUUCCACCACCACCACAACUGCUACCACCGCCGUCUCAAAGUCACCCAUGCCCUCCCCCGCCGAUGAUGGUGUUGCCGUUGUAUCCACCAACUUCACCGCCGUUGUAUCCGCUAUCUCUAGGGUUCAAGAAGAGAAACGAGGCUACAAGUCUGAUCAUGGCAAGCCCAAAUCAGAGUGGUAGGAAGUCGGAGAUGCCCAUGUUCGACGGUAACACCGAGAGUUGGAUAAUGGAGGCUGAAGUGUAUUUUUUGUUUCACAAAUCGCUUGAAGAUGACAAGUUGGAAGAAGCAGUUGGGUCUCUUGAAGGUGAAGCGCUAUGUUGGUAUGAAUGUGAGCAUCGAAGGCAGCGUAUACCAGGCUGGGAAGAGCUGAAGGGCUUGAUUCAUCGACCAUGCGUGCCGUCAAUGGUGGGAACAUUAUACAAGAAGUUGUCGGCAUUUGUUCGUAUCAGAAUGUUGAAGGAGCAGACGACAUCGUUAAAAGAUUUAACAGCAAGGUUUUAUCUAGGUCAACUCAGAAUUGGGUUAAAUUUUUUUACUUGUGCCACAAUUAGAGAGUUGGGCCUAUCUAAAAUAGAUCAGACCAUGGACUCAUUUAGUCCGAUGGGUAACCCUUCUAAAACAGGUCAAAAAGUUAUGGAGUCAGCUACGACUCUGAAGGUCAAAUAA